CCCCCUCGAAAUACCCAUCAUUCGUCCACAUACCCCAACCCCCUUUCGAACCCCCCACAAGCUAGAAAAGAGAAAAAAGAAGAUUUUGACUUGGUUUUGAUUGUGAGAGAAAUAGAAAGAGAAGAAAAUUGGUAAAGAAGAAAAGAAAGAAUGAAGAAAAUUCAAUCCAAUUGAAUCCCCAUUUUGACGUCCGGAAAACACACACAAAACCACACAAGCUCUCUCUCUCUUACUCUCUCUUCAACUUUCUCUCUCUAAAAAAAUACAGCUAAGAAAGAAGCUGAAUCUAUUUACUGAAAAAAGCACAGUGAACUUCACAAAAACUCAAAAACCUAUAUACGUAUACACAAGUGGAUGAUGCGAAAAAACUGGCAAAAGACGGUUAUUGGAGCGGAGAGAAGUGUGGUUUAGUUGUUUCAGAGUGAAGUUUGCAUCUUUUGGGUCAAAAGUGGAGACUUGCUAAUCUCUACUUCAGAUCCACAUAGUAAUUACUUGCUUAAUUGAAUGUCAAUUUAUUAGUUUUACGUGGUUCUCGGCCUAGUUUUUUCGUUAGAGGAAUUGGAGUUUCUUGAGUUUAGUGUGGGUUUUAUGCUAUUUUAGUAAGUUUCUAUAUUUGCUCAAGUGUUUGUAGAUUGUGUACUUCUUGGGUGAAAUGGUUCCAACAGGGCCUCCUAAUCAACUUGGAGGUUCCCAGUCAGUACAGUCUUCAUUACUGCGAUCAAAUUCUGGUGUAAUGGGUGGUCAAGGUGGUUCAAUGCCAUCGCCGGGUGGUUUCGCUAAUAUGGUUUCUCCUCGGACGAUGUUUGGUAACAUGAAUAUGCUAGGGAAUGCUCCCAAUGUUUCACAUCAAUCCUUUGCAAAUGGAGGUCCUAAUGCAGGAUUGGCUGGACCAGGAAGUUCUCAGCGUGGUCCUGUUGAUAAUGGGGCUGAGACUGAUCCACUUUCUAGUGUAGGAAAUGGGAUGGGAUUUAGUGCUCCUUCAACGUCAUUUAUGUCAUCAGCCAUGGCGACAAACCCAAAUAGCAAUCAAGUUCAAGGACAACAGUUUCCUAACCCCAAUCCCUCAGGGAACCACAUAUUGACUGACCAACACCAACAACGAUCCCAACAGCUUGAUUCACAGAAUUUUCAACAUAAUCAACAGUUGCAGCAGUUUUCUUCUCCUACCAAUUCCCUAACACAGCAACAGCAGCAUCAAUUUCAAUCCAUGCGUGGUGGAUUAGGAGGUGUUGCACCCAUCAAAAUGGAGUCACAGGUAGGUAAUGAUCAAACACCGCAACAGUUGCAAGCUCUGCGAAACGUGGCACCUGUAAAAAUGGAACCACAACAGAUUCAAAGUAUGAGAGGUCUUGCACCUGUCAAAGUAGAACAACAACAAUCAGACCCAUCUUUAUUUCUACAUCAGCAACAGCAACAGCAACAGCAGCAGCAGCAGCAACAUCAGUUCCUUCAGAUGUCCAGGCAGUCCCCUCAAGCUGCUGCUGCUGCUGCACAGCUUUUGCAUCAGCAGAGGCUAAUGCAAUUCCAGCAUCAUCAGCAACUCUUGAAGACUAUCCCUCAACAAAGAAACCCACUACAACAACAAUUUCAACAGCAGAAUCUUGCUAUAAGACCACCUGUAAAACCAGCAUAUGAGCCUGGGAUGUGUGCCCGUCGGCUGACUCAUUAUAUGUAUCAGCAACAACAUAGACCUGAAGACAACAACAUUGAGUUCUGGAGAAAAUUUGUUGCCGAGUAUUUUGCUCCCAAUGCCAAGAAAAAAUGGUGCGUCUCCAUGUAUGGAAGUGGUCGGCAGACUACUGGAGUUUUUCCUCAGGACGUGUGGCACUGCGAAAUAUGCAGCCGCAAGCCAGGGCGUGGGUUUGAAGCGACUGCCGAGGUCUUGCCCAGGCUUUUCAAGAUAAAGUAUGAAAGUGGCACUUUGGAAGAACUUCUCUAUGUUGAUAUGCCCCGUGAAUAUCCGAAUUCAUCUGGACAAAUAGUUCUAGAUUAUGCAAAAGCGAUUCAGGAGAGUGUAUUUGAGCAACUUCGUGUUGUCCGUGAUGGUCAGCUUCGCCUAGUGUUUUCACAACCUGAUUUGAAGAUCGUUUCUUGGGAAUUUUGUGCUCGACGUCACGAGGAGCUUAUACCUAGAAGAUUGUUGAUACAUCAGGUUAGUCAACUUGGUGCUGCUGCUCAAAAGUACCAGGCCGCCACCCAAAAUGCAUCAGCUAGUGCGUCUGUUCCUGAGUUGCAGAAUAAUUGCAAUAUGUUUGUUGCUUCAGCUCGUCAGUUAGCAAAAGCUUUGGAAGUUCCGUUGGUAAAUGAUUUAGGAUAUACAAAGAGAUAUGUGAGAUGCCUACAGAUAUCUGAAGUGGUUAAUAGCAUGAAAGAUUUGAUCGACCAUAGCAGGGAGACAGGGAACGGACCCAUGGAGAGCUUGGCCAAGUUUCCUCGUAGGAACAGCAGCUCAGCUGGAGUGCAAGGUCCAAUUCAAUCAUCCGAGGAUCAGACUCAGCAGCCCCAACAGCAACAGCAGCAGCAGCAACAACAUACACAGCAAACAGUGAGUAGCUCGAACCAUGAGACAACUGCCCAGUCUGGUGUAACGCCACUACCUUUGAGCAAUGGUAUGUUGAAUGUAAACAACUCUUUGAACCAAGUAGCUGCUACUUCAUCUAGUGGUACUGUUGCUGGAUUGCUGCACCAAAAUUCCAUGAACUCCAGGCAACAAAAUCCAGUGAGUGGUGCAAGUGGUGCAUACUCAGGAAAUGCUGUCCAAAUGCCUUCACCAAAUUCUUCAAGUACAAUGCCUCAGCCUCAAUCCAGCUCUUCUCAGUUCCAAUCUCCAACACCAUCGUCAUCCAACAAUCCACCACAAGGUUCACACAGUGGCUUAUCAUCAGUACAACACAUGAACUCAGCAAAUUCCCCAAAAAUCCCAAUGCAGCAACCAGCUCAUUCAAAUGACGUGGAUGCUAAUGACUCCCAGAGUUCUGUGCAAAAGAUUAUACAUGAAAUGAUGAUGUCUUCACAGCUCGGUGGUGGUGGCUUGGUAGGAAGUGGUACUAUUGGAAAUGAUAUAAAAAAUGUACAUGGGAUGUUGGCGACAAGUAAUAAUUCCAUUCUUAAUGGAAGCAAUUGCCUUGUUAGGAAUGGGACAGCCAAUGCUAAUAGUAUAGGUGUUGGUGCUGGAUUUGGGAGUAUGAACAAUAGACCGGGCCAAGCUGCAAUGGUUAAUGGAAUUCGAGCUGCAUUGGGUAAUAACCCUUCGGCCAUGAAUGGGCUAGUGGGCAUGACAACGGCACGAGAGCGAAGUAUGAGUCAACAGCAACAAGAUCUGGGAAACCAACUGCUUAGUGGUCUAGAAGCAGUCAAUGGUUUUAACAACCUUCAGUUCGACUGGAAAACAUCUCCCUAAAAGGUUCAAGUUGGCAAUUAUUAGUCUAUAUUCUGCUGCUUGUGCUGCAAAGAUAGUUUGAGGAGUUUGCCUCGCAUGAUGAGAGUAGCCAUGGUUGCUGAAGCAGAUGUGGUUUCAAAGCUUGCCUCUUCUGUGGUGAUUUGAAAGAGGACCACAUAUAGCGUGGCAUCUUAGCAGCUGAAUGUUAUCUCAUGCGAGAUUGCAUACUCUAUUCUAACUCGACUUUGCCUGGUUUAUCACAGCUGCUUUAACAGCCUUGAAUGGGACAUUCAUGUGAACCGCUGCAUGCAAUCUAUUUAUACCAUGGUGAGGCAUUUGUAACUACAUAGUGGCGAGCUAUUGACCCUAUCGUGCUGCAUCUCUGCCACCACUCCAGAGCACACGGGUGUAUAUAGUCGGGACUCGGGGUUCUGUUGUAGAACUUCCAGGAGCUGCUCGGAGUGGCACCGGUGCAAUCAUCAUUUCUUCUCUCCUUUCUACUCAUCUUUCUGUUAGGCUUAUUUGGAGUGGAUUGGCGGUGAAAAAAAAAUUAGGAUGAGACUUGGAAAGAAUUGAAGUAAAUCCUUUACUGUGGAGUACCUCAGAAGGAAUUGAUUUGGCACUGGAGUUAUCAUAGGGUCAUACUUAGAAGUAUUUCUAUUAGCCUGUUAGAUUUGGAAAUGAUAGCUUGGUCUUCACCCAUACAGAUCUUUGUUCUAAUUGCUUGACAAAGUAUAGAGAGCCAAUUGCUCAUGUUUUUGCCAGGGAAAAAACAACUCGUGAUGGGGUUGUCUAUGCUCUUGUUGCCCCAAUCCGCAACUUGUCUCUGUUGUUAUUGGCUCUCUCGAGUAAACUCUCGCCCCUAUUGCAGCUGCAACUCUAGCCCUUUGAAGAUCUUAUUCCUAGUUCUUUCUCAAUUCAGAUGAGUAAAGAUUGCUUGGGAUAAUUGAGAGUAACUCUACCUUAACACUUUACCAGGUUAACAAAUACUUGUAAGAAUUAAACGUUGCACCCAAUUGCUUCAGUUAUAGGUGGUCCAAACAUGGACCUGCUAGAUUCAAUUUCUAUAAAAACAAGAUAGAAAGACUAUCCUCUUUUGUUCUUCAGCUUAGGACGAUCUCUUAUGUAGUGACUCUAGUCUCAACAUUUAACACGUAGUAGUAGUUCUGCUUUCUUAA